GUUGAUUUUACACUUGUGGCAUCGGGCCCAAACUCCACAGUCCACCAGUUACGUCACUAGUCACCUUCUUCAUCAUCACUUCUCUUAAACCCUAGUUAUAUAUCUCUCUCCUCCUAUACAUUUAUACACUGAAUAUACACUUUGUAUACACAGAUACACUUCAUUGGUGCUCAAAAUUCUUUGGUGUUAAAGGGAUUUCAGAAUUAAAUUUUCUCAGUAGUUUGAAAAAUGGAGGUUGCUUCAGAAGCCGGGAAAAAGCCAAAGCCGAAGCAAAAGCCAAGGAGUGAAGAAUUUACCUUGGCAUCAAUACAGGAGCUACAAUCUCCAUCUCCUUCUUCUGGGUUUUCCAAUUCUUCGCCGGUGAAAGCCCGUUUCAGGUUGGAUAAAGGGGGUCUUGUUGAGCUCCGCUUCGAGCAGGAAUCAGAACCCAAAUCAUUGAUUCAGCUGGACCUUAAUAACACUCAGAUUUUUAAACUCACUGCAGUUCAAUCAGUGUGCAUUGAAGAGGGUUCGGAAGUUAAUAAAGAGAAAACUUAUUCAAGGGGAACCACAAUUCAAUUUAGGAAUGAAGACGAAAGUAGGGCCUUCCAUUAUGCAUUUGAACUAUGGAAGAAAGAAGUGGUAUCUGAAGGAUCACAUUUGCCCAAUGGAACCAUGACAAGUUUGAAAAGCAAAUUUGAUAGCAAGAUAGAAGCAUCUUCAGCUAAGAUGUACUUCCAUUACUAUGGACAAUUGCUACAUCAACAAAAUAUGUUGCAGGAUUACGUGAGAACAGGAACCUAUUAUGCUGCAGUAAUUGAGAACCGUGCUGAUUUCAUAGGCCGGGUAGUUGUUGAUGUUGGUGCUGGCAGUGGCAUUUUGUCCUUGUUUGCUGCCCAGGCUGGGGCAAAACAUGUCUAUGCUGUGGAAGCAUCUGAAAUGGCUGAUUAUGCCCGUAAACUGAUCGCUGGAAAUCCAUCACUUAGUGAAAGAAUUACAGUAAUCAAGGGAAAAGUUGAAGAAGUUGAAUUACCCGAGAAAGCUGAUGUAUUGAUUUCUGAACCAAUGGGCACUUUACUGGUCAACGAACGCAUGCUGGAAUCCUACGUUAUUGCUAGAGAUAGAUUCCUAGUUCCAAAUGGGAAAAUGUUUCCUACAGUUGGGAGAAUACACAUGGCUCCUUUCAGCGAUGAGUAUUUGUACAUUGAAAUUGCUAACAAGGCUCUCUUUUGGCAGCAGCAAAACUAUUAUGGGGUCAAUUUAACGUCGUUACAUGGAUCAGCAUUUCAAGGAUACUUUUCUCAGCCAGUUGUUGAUGCUUUUGAUCCAAGGUUAUUGGUGGCACCUGCAAUUGCCCAUGUUAUAGACUUCACUUCUGUAAAGGAGGAAGAUCUCUAUGAAAUCGAUGUCCCUUUAAAGUUUGUAUCAUCAGUUGGCACCAGGAUUCAUGGAUUGGCUUGCUGGUUUGAUGUUCUAUUUAAUGGAAGCACUGUGCAGAGGUGGUUGACCACUUCACCUGGUGCCCCUACUACCCACUGGUAUCAGCUACGUUGUGUAUUAGCUCAACCACUUUAUGUCAUGCCAGGACAAGAGAUAACUGGCCGGCUUCAUUUGGUUGCUCAUACUGCACAGAGCUACACAAUUCACCUGACACUUUCAACCAAAAUGUGGGGCCCUGGUGCUGAGCAAGGAGGAAUACUUCAAACUUCGUCGGGCAAACUUGAUCUAAAAGAGCCCUAUUAUCGAAUGUCUCAAACCCCCGUGUACCCAGUUGCUCAAGAUCAGCAAUCACAACAGUUGUUGCAAACACAGGUGAUUACCAUCUUGCCUGUUCUUUCCUUCUGAUAUUUUCAUGUCUAAUCUUUCCAUUAAGAAUCGGGUGACCGACUUAAAGACAUAGGUACCGAGAAAGUAAUCCUUGUCCUGUCUGUUUUUGUGCAUUGAUGAUGUAUAUUGCCGUAUUGCUGAGAAUUUGUGGUAGUUAUGUGAAAUUUUUUAUGAAAAUGUUGAAACUUGUGAUGGUGUCAGAUAUAUAUAAACAAGUAUGUAUGCUUAUUGUUAUUUAGUUUUUGUAAUCCUUAAAAUGCUUUAUUCAUAUCCGUGUAUGAUAGGUCCAAGAUUCUCUUGGUUCGCGGUAGUACUUGUUGCUUCACUGUCUGCCUUGUUUGAUUCUACUAUUGCACCCUUUUUCUAUAUGUCGUGGUGUUAUUUUCGUUGUUGCUUAAGGAGAGCUCAAUUGCCAUGUUCUUAACAGGAUAUACCCAUUCUAUCACAGGACGAAGAUGGUUCAGAUUUGAUGCAGCCUCCACCACAACAAUCUACAGGUGCUGAGCUCAAUUCCCUCUAAAAGCUCUAUGGCUGCCUAAUGACUUAACGGCCUUUAUGCAUGAUUUUAAACUUUUACCAAAUUGGCUGGUCUCCAUGUGGGGAGAAAAGCCUUUAGUCCGUUAGUGAACUUAACCUGUAACAGUGCCAUUUUUUUUUGGGUUCCUGUAAAUCAGGAAAGGAACAAUAAUUCUAGUUGCAUUGCUGAAUCUUUUGCCCAAGUGUACUAUAUAAUUCAAGAAAAAAUACUAGUGCAAAAACUCCAACGAUUUACAGAACAACUUUUAUUGUGUCAAUACAACCUUUGAUUACACGAAUAAGAAAUGCAGAGGGGAAUGAACUAUUUAUAGGCAUUGCUAAACAUCAAUCUAAACUAAGGAGAAAGAAGAGUGUCUGUAUGGGUCAUUACAUCUCCAAAUUGAUCAGGAAUGCCUUCAACUUUUAUAUUUCUCCAAACUCCAUUUGAGAAAUUGUAUGCAACCAAAGUGUCACAAUUACUUCUCAUAACGAUCUCGUCAUCCCUCAAAAGACACAUAGGUUUACAUGACCAAUGGGGACCAAAUCUAGUAUAAUUGAUGCUGGUGAGUUUGAUCCAAGAUGCUUGCAGAGGAUACUCUUUCAUCACCCAAAUAUCCAUCAUACCAUUGUUUGAAUCAACGGCCACGGCGAGACUCCCGCCAAGAACAGCAAGCUUGAUCUUUUUCCUUGUCGAUCCAUCAAGCUCGCUAGACGGGGUUGUAUGUUCAUGAACAACUGUAGGCGGUUGUACUCUCUCGAAUUCAUCGCGAGCCAAAUUGAAAGCGGCUAUAACAGGGUAAGCCCUAG